AUGGCCCAGAAUGGUUUCAAUACUGGACUUCGAAGGCCAAACUACACUUCUCCUUUGUCUGAUUACGUUAUACAAACAGAAUUAACUAGGGGAGUUAAAGUCCCCAAAUUUACUAAAUUCGCAGGAGAUACCAGUGAAUCUACUGUUGAACAUGUAUCAAGGUACCUAACCAAGACUGGGGAUUUAGUGAACAAUGAGAACUUAAGAAUGAAAUAUUUUCCUAGUUCUUUAACGAAAUAUGCAUUCACGUGGUUUACCACACUUCCACCAAAUUCCAUAGAUACUUGGUCUCGUUUAGAAAGAUUAUUUCAUGAGCAGUUCUACAUGGGACAAACCAAAAUUAGUCUUAAAGAAUUGGCCAACAUCAAAAGAAAAUUCACUGAACCUAUAGAUGAUUAUUUGAAUAGGUUCCUUUUUUUGAAAUCUAGAUGUUUCACAGUAGUUCCUGAACAUGAACUAGUCGAAAUGGCCGCCGGUGGACUCGAUUACUCUAUUCGAAAGAAGUUGGAUAUCCAAUACCUUCGAUAUAUGGCUCAAUUGGACGAUAGAGUUAGAGAAGUUGAACGACUAAAAGACGAGAAGGCCAGAGCAAAUAAAAAUUAUAAGAAGGAACGAGUGGCCUACGUCGAAGCAGACGAAGAAGAGCCCGAGAUCUUCGAUAACCAAUAUGAUUUUGAGGAUUUCGAAGUAGAUUUGGCUGAAUCGAACGAGGCUUCCCCUUAUUCGUGUAAAAUGCUUACACCUUAG